AGAUGCUGCUGUGACACCUGUACCCAGAGUCCACUCUCGAGGGAAUCAUUGCUGUGAAAGAAAAUAACACCAUGGGAAAGACCAACCAAUCUUCGGUGACAGAAUUUGUUCUGCUGGGGCUUUCUGGUUACCCCGAGCUGGAAGCCAUUUACUUUGUGCUGGUCUUAUGCAUGUACCUCGUGAUCCUGCUGGGAAAUGGAGUCAUUAUCAUGGUAAGUGUCUUUGACGCCCGCCUGCACACCCCCAUGUACUUUUUCCUCAGUAACCUAUCAUUCUUGGACAUAUGCUACACCAGUUCUUCGAUUCCACUAUUCCUCAGCAGCUUCGUUACUUCAAAGAAAACCAUUUCCUUCUCUGGGUGUGGCGUGCAAAUGUUUCUCUCCUUUGCCAUGGGAGCCACCGAGUGUGUUCUUCUGAGCAUGAUGGCGUUCGAUCGCUACGUGGCCAUCUGUAACCCUUUGAGAUAUCCCAUCAUCAUGAGCAAGACGUCAUACGUACCCAUGGCUGCUGGGUCAUGGAUCGCAGGGGGGGUCAAUUCUCUGCUGCAAACCUCGCUUGCCAUGCGGCUUCCCUUCUGCGGGGAUAACGUCAUCAAUCAUUUCACUUGCGAAAUCUUAGCUGUCUUAAAACUGGCCUGUGCUGACAUCUCCACAAAUGUUAUUAGCAUGAUUGUUGCAAAUAUGAUUUUUCUCGUGGUCCCCGUACUCUUUAUUUUUAUCACCUAUGUUUUCAUUCUCGCCACCAUCCUAAGGAUUCCUUCUGCCGAGGGCAGGCGCAAAGCCUUCUCCACCUGCUCCGCCCACCUGACAGUGGUGGUUAUAUUCUAUGGGACCAUCCUGUUCAUGUAUGCAAAGCCCAAAGCUAAAGACUCUUCCGGUGCCGAUAAAGAACAAGUCACCGAUAAAAUAAUCUCCCUUUUCUAUGGAGUGUUAACACCCAUGCUCAACCCUCUCAUUUACAGUUUAAGGAACAAGGAUGUGAAGGCGGCCGUGAGGAAUAUGCUAUGUCUGAAAUGUACUUCUGGCCAAGUAUAA